AUGUCAAGGCAUACUAAGUACAUAGAUAAGAACACUAGAUAUUUUCAUAAUUUAACAUCAGCAAGAAGAUGGAGUAAUCAAAUUGAUGCGUUGGCGAUAAGUGGCAGAUUGGAAGCGUCACCUUUGGUAGGUAUUCGGGAUGAUCUAGUUAACAAGAUACAGGAAGAUGAGGCUACAGACUUAGAGAGGAUGCAUUCGGCUGACGAAAUAAAGGAAGCAGUUUGGGAUUGCGAGUCGUCUAAGACCCUUGGCUGUGAUGGCUACAAUAUGAACUUCAUUAAGAAGUGUUGGGGGAAAAUUGGUCCUGAGUUUACUGCAGCUGUCAUGGAUUUCUUUCAGUUAGCUGAGCUACCAAGAGAUUCUAAUGUUACAUGGGUAGCUCUGGCUCCGAAGUUUGUGGGAGCAAGGGAGAUUAAAGAUCUUCGGCCGAUUAGCAUGGUAGGGUGUGUAUAUAAAGUCAUUUUGAAAGUGUUGGUACGGAGAAUGGGAAGGGUAAUGCCGGGCUUAGUAGGGGAGACUCAGAGUGCAUUUGUGCAGGGGAAGAAGAUUCAUGAUGGGACUUUAAUCGCGUGUGAAAUUGUGCAGUGGUUGAAGCAAAGAAAGAAGAAAUUAGCAAUAAUCAAACUGGACUUCCAGAAAGCUUACGAUAGAGUCAAGUGGAAGUUUGUGGAUAUUAUAUUUCAGAAAAUGGGUUUUGGGCAAAGAUAA